AUGAACGACGUUCUCGCCAGCACCCAGUCUUUGCCAGGCGCGAUUGCAACGCUCUAUGGCCCUGUCGAGUGUACGGAUCGUCGGGCUAUCCAUGUGUAUACCGACGGCUCAUAUUUCAAGUUGCCGGAUGGGUCAGAGCGUGCCGGAGCGGGGAUCUACUGGGGGUAUGGCUCCCCGAAAAACUGUGCGUUGAUGGUCCCUACCCCGGUCUCAAACAACCGGGCGGAGCUAUAUGCCAUCCUCCGUGCGAUCACUGUCGCCGACCCUUGUAGGACGCUGCGCAUCCACACAGAUUCAACGUACGCCAUACACUCGAUCUGUCACUGGGCACCUAGGAACUCAGCGCUGGGAUGGCGGAAGGCAAAUGGAGACCUACUGCGCAAUAUAGUAGACCUAAUCAAGCGACGGACAGCCGCUGUCGUGUUUAUCUGGGUGAAGGGCCACUCCGGGAAUGCCUCUAAUGAGGCAGCCGAUGAACUGGCAGGCUGGGGGGCA